AUGUCCCUGGACCAGCCACGUCUUCCAACCAGCCGCCGCGUCGGGGCUUCCAAGUCGCGGUCCGGAUGCAAAACCUGCAAAAUUCGGAGAGUUAAGUGCGGAGAGGAGAAGCCAGUCUGUCUCCGCUGCUCAUCCACUGGGCGCAGAUGCGAGUAUGACGGCGGAGACACAUCUCCUUCGGCUCCCUUGACCCAGUCCUCUCUGAUUGUAACCCGCACUCUGUCUUUGUCUCCGAAUUCAGGACGGCGGGAGCGUCGCGCAUUUGAGUACUAUUUUCAGCAUGCUGCGCAGUUUCUUGCCGGGGGAAUGGAUGUGGAUUUUUGGACAAGCGUGGUCCCCCAGAUCUGCCGCAGCGAGCCUGCUGUGUGGGACGCAAUGAUCUCCGUCAGCGCCCUGUUUGAAAGUCCAGCCCAGUGCCCAGACUUCACGUUUUUGAGACAGCAACAAAACGGCUCUCUCACACUCGCUCAGAACCAGAAAGAUGCUUUGAUAUGGUACUCGCGUUCGAUGUCUACCAUUCACGAGCAGAUUGAGCGCGGCACUGCAGACCCCUACAUAGCCCUGAUUAGCUGUGUGCUAUUUAUCAGCAUAGAGAUCGUCCAGGGGCGUUUGGAGGAAGCUCUCCAGCUCUACUGGCAGGGCGUGAGUCUCAUUCAGGACCUACGGACCAAUGCUCAUUUUUCAGCAUCUGCUACCAAGGCCGCUCUCCUCGAAAACACUAUAAUUCCUCUAUUUAUGCGUCUGAACACCAUUGCCCUCACUAUCUCUGGAACGCCGGCCAGCGAGAUUCUCACAUUUGCGGGAAGCCACAUGGGCCAGGGAUUUACCUCUCUGGACUCGGCUCGGCUAGCCAUUGUCGCUCUCUCUGCAGAAGCAAUGCUCUUCGAGCGCGAGACAUACUUGCAUAUCGUGGCUGUCGCUAGUGAUUCUCGAGUGCACCCUGAAUUUCUUACUAGACAACAAAAUCUCCAAGCUCGUCUCGAUCACUGGCUCCACGCAUACACCAACUUGAUUCAGACCAUCCAUCGCGAACCUGCAACACCACCACGACCACCCACUACCACCGAACCCCUUCUUCUUAUAUAUCAUGCCUCUGCAUCUAUAUUCGUGUCAACUUGCUUGACAUGCAGUCCUCUUAGCUACGACGUCCAUCUACCCACUUUCCAAAUGAUCGUCGAGCAAGCCAGCCUCAUUCUCAGCACCUCGGCGGGACCUGACGGCUCUCAGCCUCCUUUUACGUUUGAAAUGGGAGUUGGUCUUCCGCUUUACUUGACCGCAUUGCGGUGCCGUGAUCCGAUCAUUCGACGGAGAGCAUUGCAUCUGCUGCGCCAAUCGCCAAAGGUCCAGUCUUUCUUCAAGUGUACGCCAGUUGCACUGUUAGCAGAGGCCAUUAUGAACCUAGAAGAGGAAUACAGUGCGUCACUACGCAUUACAGGCUCAACAGCUUAUGAUGAUAGUUCGGCACCGCUAUCAAGUCGUAUUCCGGAGGAGGCUCGCAUUAUCACUGCUGGUGUCUUUAAACCACGAAAUGGUCCCCCGCAUGGCUUUCCCGCAGAUAUAUUUGCGGAAUGGCUUGAGGGUGAAUUUCGAAACUGGAAUCGGAGUUCGGAUCGACUUGUCUUGAGAUUUUGCAGGGGCAAGCACUACCCAGAGCACGACACUUGGCGCUUAACUUGGGAAAAUGUGCCCAUUUGGUAG